AUGCCUCUCAUUACCUUUACAGACGAUGAUUUCCAUGGCAUCGAUCACCAGCAGGACGACCCCAUAGUCAUCACGGUCGAACUUAAAAACUAUGCGGUCAAGAAGGCUCUUUUCGACCAAGGCAAUUCAGUUGACAUCUUAUAUUGGAUGACAUACCAGAAAGUACAACUUCCCACUACUGCCAUGGUCCCCUAUGAUGAACCUAUAUACGGCUUCUCCAGGGAGAAGGUCUCCACUCGCGGGUACAUCGAUCUCCAUACCGUUUUUCGUGAUGGCACUCAAACCAAAACAAUCCCCAUUCGUUUCCUUGUCGUAGACGCGCCUACAUCAUACAAUGUCCUCCUCAGCCGACCAUCCUUCAACACUCUAGGCAUUGUUGUAUCUACGACAUACUUGGCCAUGAAAUUCCCAUCUCCAUCUGGAUGCGAUGCACGCCUCGAACAAGUCGAUGAAACUGUAGACUUAGAACUCCCUAAUGGACGCACCCUCAAACUGGGCACCGACCUCCGACAAGAACAGCGUGACAUACUAACACCCACCCUAAUCAGCAUCACCGACCUCUUUGCCUGGUCAGCCGCUGACUUACCCGGCGUUGACCCUCAAGUUGCAAUCAACAAGCUCUCCAUUUAUAAAGAAGUCGGAUACGUCUUCCAGAAAAAAUGGAAGCUUGGCGAAGAACGUCGACUAGCAACAAAAGUCGAAGCCGACAAGUUACUAAGCGCAGGCUUCAUCGAGGAAGCCCACUACACCACCUGGCUUUCUAAUGUAGUUCUGGUCAAAACAGCAAAUGGCAAAUGGCAAAUGUGCGUCGAUUAUACAGAUCUCAAUAAGGCCUGCCCUAGAGACGCUUACCCUUUACCCAAUAUUGACCGGCUAGUUGACGGUGCAGCCAGCAACAAGGUCCUCAGUUUUCUAGAUGCAUACUCCAGAUACAACCAGAUCCCAAUGGCCACAACCGACAUGAACAAGACUGCCUUCAUCACAGACGACGCCAACUAUUUUUACAAGGUCAUGCCUUUCGGCCUGAAAAACGCAAAAGCAACUUAUCAACGAUUGAUGGAUAAAGUCUUCAGCCAUAUAAUGGGCAAGUUUGUCAAAGUGUACAUCGAUGACAUGGUUGUUAAAUCCCCAAGUCAUCACCAGCAUGCUCAAGACUUAUCCACAGUAUUCUCUACAUUACGGUAG